AUGGAGAAGGAUAGAGUUUGGGAGAUGCGGCCAUGGCUUGCUUGGCAGAGUCGUCUUGCGGGGCACCCGGGGUGUCUCGUUCAAAGCACGCGAUCAUGGGCUUCCGAUCAGUUAGAGCCCAUCCAGCAUUGCGAGCACCAGUGUAGCAACCGCUCGCGACAACGACUUGUCGCGAUUGACUGGUCAAGUUCUGUAUAUCAUCUACUUGAUUAUGCAGUGUUGUCGGUGGUCUUGCGCUCCGCCACGCCUCGUCAGCUUCUACAACAUGUCAAUCUGAGACAAGGCCGCGGCAGGAUCGGGCGACCGGCCCGUAGUGGACUUAUCGGGAACUCGCUGGCUGGUUCGUGGGAAGUCGGGGACUCUCUCUUGCGGGUGGUGGCAAUCUCGCUUGCAGGAUACCAGUACGGUAGGGCCGGCAAUCAGGGUAGAGUUGCCAUAGCAGGGCAGGAGCACAAUUCCCAACCCCAGGCUGAGCUCAUUCAGACUGGCGAUGGCGUUCGCGGUGGAUCGGACCCUCGCUUCCCGCUGGUGGCGCUCCGUGACUGGCUGGAUGUAGACGGGGGCCUAUUCUGGCGCGCGCUGAGUUCCCUACAACAACCGCCUGUGAUGCCAAUGGCACCAAUGGCUUCCAGCGGGCGCGCCCACCUGGCGUUGGACCCCCAGAAUCACCACUUGCUUUGCAAACACGCCAAUUGUCACACUUUGUCCGUUGAUGCCGUCAGUCGCGCGGAAAUGGCCUGGCCAACCCAGGCGGGCCGGAAAGCCGUUUUGCAUCUCAAACCCAGACCAUCUCUGAUCCUUACAUCUCGCAUCUCGAUACGUCUUUACUUGAUCAUUUUUUCGACGUUUCGUUGCCGCCUUCUUGUCGCUCAUCAUGGGCUGUCGAGUCUGUCGCGCGCGCAAGCUAAUCAUUCGAUCCCAACCCUUCAGGUCAAAUGUGACGGCCGGCCCAACGGCUGCCGCAACUGUGAGCGUCUGCAGCUCGACUGCGUCGCCGACGACGGCACGCCCGCCUCGGCCGCCUCGUCCGCCGCCGCGGCCAGCACCGUCAAACGCUCCUCGUCGGCCUCGGCCGCCGCCCUCAAGAAGAUCCGCACCUACCGCUCCUGCAACGCCUGCCGGCUGUCCAAGACCAAGUGCGACGGCGACCGCCCCAAGUGCGGCCGCUGCACCGUCAAAAAGGUCGACUGCGUCUACGAUGGCGGUUCGGCCCCGCGCUGGACGCGCAACCUCGACCGUCCCGCGCUGGUGUCCGGUGCUGCCGAGGCGGCCGGCGACGGCGGUCUGCUGCCGACCGUCGAAAAGGAGCGUUCGGCGUUUCUCGCCGGCGAGAGGCGCUUGCCGCCCAGGCAGGACGACACACCUGCCAACUCGGACACAGGCGGCGAGGGAUCGCAGAGCGGCCGUGAGGGAGUGUCGAUCCCGGAGGGACAGUCUUGUCUACCCAACGGACGCAAUCUGCGCCGCGUUGUUGAGCAGUACUUUACAAAUCUACAUCCCCUGCGCUGCUUUGCCUUUGUCCACAAACCUACGUUUAUGCGGCAGCUGGACAAGGGACUGACGACAGACGAUGAGUCUGCCCUGCUGCACAUUGUGUGCGCCCACGGCGCCAACAACACCGGCCUCAUCACGGCAGCGGGAAGUCAGUGGGCCAAGCGCGCCGAGUAUCUGCUCCUGGCCAACUUUGGCAAGAUUUCCGUCCAGCGAUUAAUGACUGCCAUUCUAUUACACGAAUUCCACUUUCGUCACGGCGAGUACUCGCAGGCUCUGAUGAUGAGCGGCCUGGCCGUGCGCAUGGCCCACGCUCUCAAAAUCAACUCGGAGCACUCCCCCGACAUCAUGUGCUCCGACGUCGACGAGGCGGCGCCGUCGGUCGUCUCCCGCGAGAGCCGCCGCCGCCUGAUGUGGGCGUGCUACAUCCUCGACGCCUGGGCGGGCAGCGGCAUCGACCAGCUAACGCUGCUGCGCGAAAACGACAUCAAGAUUCAGCUGCCCUGCAACGAGCGGAACUUUGGCCUCCGCAUCGCCUCCGUCACCGAGACGCUCGGCGUCGGCCACGUGCUGCAGUUUCUCCCGCCCUCGGUGGUGCCGCGCCGGCCGGCUGAGAACAUGGGCAUCAUGGCCUAUUACAUUCGCAUCGUUACGCUUUGGAAAAAGAUUGUUCGAUACGUCAAUCGUCUGGAUACGAGCCUCGAUGGCACCUCGCCACCGUGGCUGCCCGAGUCCGACUUUGCCGCCCUGGAUGCCGAUCUGCGGCUGUGGCGCCGGGAGCUGCCCGACUUUGUCGAGUACUCGGCCGAGACCAUCUAUGCGCGUCUCGACUCCAAUCAGCUCGGGGCGCUGGUCCUCAUUCACUGCACCUACCACCACAACUACCUCGAGCUGUACAAGCUCUCCAUGCCCGACCUCUUCAAGCUGUCCAAGCCGCUGUCCAUCCCGCCCGAGCACCAGGAGUUCUUCCAGGCCGCGCAGGCCAACUGCUACCACCACGCGCAGCAAAUCGCCGACAUCCUGGCCGAGGCUGCCGACCACGGCGCCCGCCUGCUCUCAGACAGCCUGCUCCCGUACUUUGUCUACGACAGCAGCCGCGUCAUGCUCUACUACGUUGCGCGGCUGCUCGACCCCAACCGGCUCGACGCCCAGGACAAGGUGCGCGAUGCCAUCCACGCAGUGGAGAGCAACAAUCGCGUCUUGCGCAUCAUGGUCGCUCUCUUUCCCAUUGCGCAAUCGCUAUCCAUCACCAUUGAGCGAUGGUUGUUUAAACUGAAACAGGCGACAAACAGGGAAGACCUCCUUCACAGACUGCAGUCAGAAACGCGCGCCGACAUUCCCGGCGCUGUAUUUCCUCCCAACAGCCCCCAAGAUAACAGCGAUUUGACGCUGCCGUCCAUUUCUCUGCACUCGCUCGCGCGCACCGGCGUUGGCGCACGCCGGGCCGCCGAGCGCUCCUCCGUGUCUACGCCCAGCAUCAGCACGCCCAACAUCAGCCUGGCCACGCCCGGCAUCAGCUGGAGCGCGACGACGGUGCCGUCGACGCCGGCGAGCGCGAGCUCGUGGGACCACAUGAGCGCCGCGCACCAGCUCGCGGGCCUGAGCCACCAGGACGCGACGCCCAACGUGGCGCGGUCAGGCCUCCAGCACGAGCGCCCCGUGGCGACGCAGCAGCUAAUCCCGGUGCCGCGACGACCCGCGCCCGCGGCGGCGCCCAUGUACGAGGCGCUCGACCUCGACGACUUGCAGAAUUUCCUGUCGUGGGACAUGUACGGGAUCCGCGACAUGGGGGAUCCCAUCAUCGACGAGGCCGCGGACGACAUGGCGCUGUCAUGUCGUGCUCGGGAUGGCGACGACGGGCCGGCCGAUGGUGCCAUUUGCAUAGUGGAGACGCCGUGCCCCGACUGGCCGGAGCGGAUCCUCGCCCGGGUCGUCGCUUCCGACGUGAUGUCGAUGGAAGAGAUGAUUCGGGCUUCGUAG